GAGAGUUUGCAUGCCCUAGUAGUCUUUGUGCCAGUGCCGAUCGCAUGGGCAAUGAUUCCGACAAUAUUUCUCACUGACUACAAUAGUGCCUGUGAUUUAGGUUCAGAUGGUAAGGAUGAUAUGGAGUCAGAGCUAAGAGAUGUUGAAGCAGUCUCUGUUGGUGACAAUGAGGAAGAGAAUGUAAAGAAGUUUGUACAGGAUACCACGCUCAGUGGAUAUGAAACAGAAAAUGGGAUGCUCCAUAAAUCAUUUCAAACAACUUUCAGAAUGGGGUAAAGAUAUGCAUAGAAGUGGAAAUAAGGAUGCUGUUGCUCACUAACCAAAAAGUGGUGUGAUGUACAAACUCUACUGAAAGAACUGGAUUUUUCUGAACCAAAACAUUACCGGAUUUGUUUUGGUAAUGACCGUUUAAGUCACUAUGGGUUGACGCAAUCAAGAGAUGAACCUUGACCCUAUUGUGGUAAUUCAGGAACAAUCUCAUACUACUUCUUGGGCCUAUCAGAUGAAGUAAAAGAACUGGUGCUCCUCUCCAGAAAUGAGCCAGAAAAUGACUGGCCAUUAGUAGCAAUGUGA